AUGGUGGUGCCUGACAUCAGCGAUGAGGCCACGAUGCUGGACAGUGACUACAUAUGCAUCGGAAACCUGGGCAGAUCACGCGAUCUUCUGAAUAAAGAGAAUCAUCCGAGUGAUUUCAAAAUACCCGAGUCAGAUGCGUUUGUUGGUCGGCUUUCGCAAUUCCACAUAAAUGGCUUGAAUGUACUGAGUUUUGUGAGAACGCUUCCCGAAUUCCGCAACAGCAACAACCAGUUGAUGAAAGUUAACGAGCCGGAGGCAUCUAUCAUCAACGCUUGGAAGGACAGUAUUGGAGUUAGUGCCAGUGCAGCUGAAAAUGAUGCGGGUGAUAUCCUGGAAUUCCCGAUCCACUUUCGAGAUGGUGGAGGCUUGCUCGAGAAGACUUGUGCAUUGCCUGAUGAGUGGUCAGCUUCACUCUUUCUUACAACUGAACUCUGCUGCCCAAAACUGCGUGCCCUUUUGCAGUCUCCUGUGGUUGCAUCACUUCUGGAGGCAAUUUAA